AGCAGUGGCCGCACCCCCGGCCCCAGUGCGCACUGUGCCAGGGGCCUGCCCGCCCGAGCGAUUUGGCAUCCCCGAGUUCCUGCCGGGAGCUGCGUCCCAGAUCCUGCGGGUUUGGUUGUGGUUCUGUGUUGAGUAAUAUGGUCUUAGGACUCUUUCAGCCCGUAUCAUUUCGGUGGCAACUCAGAAAACUGUAAAGGUGUGCUGUCUCUGGGUAAUGACCCCUUGGAGCAUCUUGUUCUGUAGGCAGAGAACAAGAGGUAAAAAUAACUGUGCCGGCUACCUGCCUUGGAGUCUUACCUUUGGUAAACACCAGCCACAAGUGCUUUCUGUUUGGUGGAAGCAAAUAUCUCAUGCUGUUCUCAAUAAGCCUUUUGGGAUUAGAUACGGGAAAAGCUUUUCAGGACAGUAAGUUACCCAUAAUUCUGGUAGUAGAAAUGUGCCAGUAUGCAAUUUAUAAUAGAUCCUGUGAUUAUUCUUUCAGAAAGGUUAAAAGCAGACAACUGAUGCUUUAGGAAAUGGAAGAUGUAUCAGAUGGCUUUGAAAUUGUUACAUCAGAAGGAUCAGGUGCAGAGCAAUCACCUGCAUCCUCACAAGGAAAAGCAGUCGGAGAGGCUGGGGACCCAGCAGAGAAGCCUCUGCUUCCAGAACCUGCAGGCACUGCACAAUCAAAGAAGGGCUGGAACCAGCAGUCUCCUUCUCAAAAUUCAGUACUACCAGAGAGUACAGAAAAGGGGACAAUGACAGCAAGCAUGAUUAAGGAUAAUGAAACACCUAGGAAGACUUGGCCUAAUUUUGAGAAUCAGGAACAUUUCUCUGGAGAAGUCACUCAACAGGAUUACCACAUGCCUGAUGUCAUAACCGUCAGAGUACAAACAGGUUCAGAUUCAUUUCAAGAAGUAGAUGUAAAAGUUGAAAGACCUACCUAUAAUAAACCUUUUCUGGGUGGAUUUAGGAACGUGUCAACAGGAGUGGAAUUUCAUAAUGCAGGAUCACAAACAAAACCCAAAAAACGACCUGACAAAGGAAUUCAGUUAUUUUGUAGGGGAACACAGACGGCUGUGGAAAAAAAUAUACGACAACAAACAAGAAAUACAACAUCGACACAGAUGACUAAAACUGGCCUUUUUGUAUCAAACAUGACUGACAAACUAAUAACUCCUGGAAAGUAUUUUACAGCAGAGGAAUACCAUAAACGUAGAGUUGAAGCAGUAAUAGUAAUACAGAAGUAUUUCCGUCGUUGGCAUGCUGCAAAUUUAGUACAAAAUCUGAAGGUACAAAGGAGGUUAAGGCUGGCACGGGAGGCACAAGAAGAAUUUCAGAAAAAAUGGGAGAAAGAAGAAAAAUUGAGGAGGGAGUAUGAGAAAAAACUGAACCCUAAAACAAGAGAAGACUUUGAGCUACUGUACCAUGAGUUGGAAUUAUGGAUGCAGGAGGAGACUGAGCGAAUUAACAGAACUCUUACUGGAGCUAAAAGAAAGGCAGCACUUUAUGCACUUCUGGAAGAGGAGACAGAGCUCAUUGCUUGCAUUGGGAUGCACAAACUAAGUGCCAAUCUGGAGAAUCAACAAAAAGCAAUACUGCGCUUUCUGGGUAAGUGUGCACAACCAAGGAGGUGGAAAGCAUUUGAUGGAAAAAUCACUGAAAUGGAUACACAGAACUCGCUCUGUGGCAAAGAACUACUAGAGAUCUACCGCAGCAUUAACACAAAGGACAUCCCAAAAGAUGAGAGAAUAUCUGUGCUGUUAACACUCAAAUGGACAGUGAAGGAACAUGAAUGUAAAUUAACACAGGAAAUAGUGGCAUUAAUUGACCGGGAAAUUGAUCUUAUAUCAAGAGAGGUGAAAGAAUGCAACUUGGAAGGACUGAGGAAAAGAAUUUGUACAUUAUUUCUCCAGUAUAUCAAAACUCCAGAGUUUAACCCUCAAGUUGCUGGGUUAAUUAAGGUUCCACAAGAUCCCUUAACGCUUUAUAAAAACGUUUACUUCUGUCAUAGCUGCGAAAAGUACUUAGCACCUACCGAGUUUCCCAUUCCUGCAAGUUCCCACACCAUUGGCAGAUGUCGCUCGUGUUACCAGCUUGAUAAUGAGGCUCGGAAACGAGAAGCAUAUUUCAAGUACAGACUUAUACUAGAAAAUCUCAGGAAGUCUGAAGUUGAUUAUCAGGAUGAUAGUCAAAUUGUUUUCUUAGUUCAGCUUCCAGACAUGCAGUACUUGAUUGAGAACAUAUGGAACUGCCAGUCAGCUCUCAGUGCCUGCAGUGACCUGUAUGAGUUGGUUAUGGUCAGGUGGGAUAAGCAACAUGAGUGGUCUCCAUGGAACACUAUUCUCCUCACUAAAGAAGAGGCAGAUGCACAUCUUAAGCUGUGUAACCUUCAGAAGACUUACGAAGCUCCAUUUAUUUACAAAAUAGAACAAAAGCAUAUCCGGGCAAAAAACUACUUUGCUCGAAUUCCUGCAAUGUCAUCAUUUUUGCACAGAAGUAAGAAUCAGUCUAAUGCAAAUUCCUACCAGAAACAUAGUUCCUUGAAGUUAAAGAAGUGAACUAAAUUCCUACAUUUUAAAGAAAUAAACUUUUUCAUCAAUACCCUAAUUGUAUUAAACAGAUCAAAAUAAACUUCUAAGGAUAAAAUAAAUUGAUCUCAAUCAGUUAAUUUAACUGCAUUUCCAGUUUUGUAACCUCAUUUAAAAAAAAAAUAAAAUGUUGUUAAAGAGCUUUGUAAA